AUGCAUCAAUACAUCACUCAGCUUCGCUCAGAGUUUCACACGCAGAAUGAGAAUGUGGUUCGCUUACAACAUGAUGAUCUAAGAGCUGUGGUUUGGUCAAAGAAUGAGGUUCUCGAGGCUGAGCUUAAGGCUGAGCUCAGGGCUGCUGUUCAAACAAUCAACGAUCUGAAGCGAACAGUGAAUUCUCUUUAUGCUAGAGAAUCGGAAGAUGGAACCAUUGAUUUUGAUCAACUGGCCCAAGUUCGAUACGCAACUUCGAUGCGAAAACGAAAGUCAGAGCCUGUGGUAAAGCAAAAAGCAAAUUCACGCAAGCUUGAUAACACCUUGACUCCGGACCAACCAGACCAACCAGACCAAAAUCAGUCUCCAGACCAAUUCAAUUCAUCGAGUGUAGCGCUUGAACUGAUGCAGGAGCAGCUGGGCGAACUUCGGACCGAAAAUGAACAACUUCAGACCGAGAAUGACCAACUCCGUGCACGCAUUAAUGAACUCAUAGAGCAAGGCUCGAUCGCUGGCUUUGUUGAUGCUUUAGAGCAAGCUCUGGGUGAUGGAGAUAAUAAAGAUACCAGCUUUGAGAUUGUUGAUGCUCCAUCCACUCCUCCAGUCGCUCCAGCCAUACCCGUUGAGGUUCCAACCACCCUCGUUGUUGCUUCAGCCGCCUCACCCGUUGAUGUUCCAGCCGAUCCUGCUCCAUCUUCAUCCAACGAGCCAACGAAGAAUACUCGAGGUCGACCCAAAGGAACAAAAGGACGCAAGCGCACAGAGCUCGAGCAGUUGGUAGAAGAUCAAGCCAAUGUACAUAUGAGUGGCAAACGAACCAGACGCAUCGUCACACAUUUUUACCAUAGUCGUCUUACCAAGUAG